AUGAGUAAAACACAGUUAUUUAAAGAGAUGGUCAUAAUAAUAGAAGAAAUGAAAAAUAUCUAUGUAAUUAUUUAUUAUUAAAACAGAAUAGAAUAUUAACAACAAAAUCCUCAAAAAUCUUUGAUUACCCUUCUAUAUAAAAUAGAAAUGAGAAGAUAAUAAAAUAUUGCCAUUAAAUGGUAGAUUUAAACCCUAAAUAAUUCAAUCAAUAUUUCAUAUCAGAAUAAUAUAUAGAUGAAUUAUUGAAUAGAAUGGAUCAUGAAAAAUUACUAAAUAUUUCAUUGAAGUUUAUAGUUAAAUAUAUAUAUAAUAAAGAUGAUGAACAAAGUUAACAAAAUGUUGAAAAACUAAAAAAAAUUAUUAGAGAUAUUGAUUAGCCAAAAAAGACAAAAAUUAUUAGAUAAUCAUAAUUAUUUGAUUAAAAUUUAAGAAGUAUCCAUAAAUCAUCUCAAACUUUAACUAAAGAUAAAGAAUCACAAUCAAUCAUUAAUUUAAAUUUUGACAUUCAUAAAUAAUCCUCUAAAUUAUCUUCAAUAUAAUAGGACAAUUUAAAUACACAUAAAUUUAAUGAUAAGAUCUCUAUAAAAAAAGAUAAAUAAAAGAUGAAUAAAUUGGAUUAAUAAAGUUAACUACAAAGUUAAAAAUUAAAUAAUCCAUUUUUUAAAAUGAUAUUAAAAUGGACUAUAAUAUUAAUUUAAUAACUACUCCAAAAUAAAAGGAAUUAAAUAAUUAUAUAUUAACAUUAAAUAUUAGUAUGAAUAGUUCAAUCAAAGACAGAAAAGGAAAAAUGAAAAAUAAAUCUUUACUUUAAUCUAAGUAUUUCUAAAAGUUAGAAGAUAAAAGAUUUCCUAAAAAAGAUAAUCCAUUUACAAUGCUUUCUGUUGAUUUUAUAAAAAAAAGAAAAAAACUCCCGAAAAAAUAGAAACUUUUAAUUUUAUUACAAUUUCUUUAUAAAAUAUAUAUAUAUUUAUUUUAAUAUUAAAAAAAAUGUAGUUAGAUUAAUUAAUAACAACAUUUGGUUUGAUGAAAUACCAUUUCUUAAAUUAUAUGCUAGAAAAUUCAAAAUAUCUCGUCCUUCAUAUAUUGCUUUCCUUAUUGUAUUAUUGGGAUUGGCUUGUAUUAUAUUUAGAAUAGGUAGAGGAUUCUUUAUAAAAAUUAUGACAUUGAUUUAUCCAUUUAUUAUGACAUUAGAAAUCAUUGAAACAUAAAGUAAUAUAAUGUAUUCUGUAUAUUUUAGAUUAUAAAAAUGUUAAAUAAUGGUUAUCAUAUUGGAUUAUUGUUAUGAUUUGUUCAUUUGUUAGAUGA